UGUGCAACUGACGUACCUGGCAUUGGCAGGCACAGAACUGAUGAGAGCAGCAGUUGCAAUUCUUUGGGAAGAACCCCAAAAAACACGGGAUCGAGUCCCGGGGCUUCAAUUCCUAAAGCUCAAAACCGCGUUAGCAUGACUUAAUUUCAAUUGCAGAGGCCAUCUUUCUGUCACUUCCUUAUUUUUCACGUCAAUACAUGAUCUAAAUGACAGCAUCUGAUGGUGAUGGCAGGCACAAAAGAUCGAAAGUGGUAGAGAAAUCUACAUCGCAAAAUGUUGGGUCCCACGAAUGGGCUGCUUUGAAUUUUCAGUGGCCGGCAAUAUUUUUGUGCUUCAGAUCACAGGGCCGAAAAUGUGGGCGCUCUUUCUUUUUCGCUUUGUUCUGUAGUCUUUUGAAAGCCCAAUCAAAUCAAGUUCUAGUACAAAUUUCGCCCUGUUUUUCUUACAGAGCACCAUUUCCAUUUUGCUCUCAAUGAUUCUCGAAUAUCAGUACCAGCUGUAUGAAUGUUAUUCCCCUCCUUUGCUUUCCUUUGUCAGACAUAUUCUCGUGAAGCUUUUCUCAAAUCGGUGUUUUUAGAAUUUGAACAGUUAGUUCUCAGAUAAUAGAGACACAAAAUUCUGGCUUUCUUUCUCUCUAUUAUUUGCUAGGGUUUGAAGGUAUUUUAAUUCUAUGUCGACGGAAUUGAAGUUGGAUCUGAGCAUGGCGUCGGAUGAGGAGGAUGAGGAGGCUCCUUCGUUAUGUGAUCUGCCACAGAACGGCAGAGCUGCGUACGAGAGGAGCGCAGGGGAUUCGAACAGGGGAUGUUCGGAGCCCCAGGAUUUCAACUUCGAUUUGGGGUCAAUGGCGUACCAGGCGUGCCCUGCCGACGAUCUUUUCUGCCAAGGGCGUCUUCUUCCUCUCACUCUCCAAAGAUGUCGCAGCGAAUCCAACGCACAACUUUCUUACGGUAAAUCAAAUUCCUGUAGUGAAAAUCGCCGUCUUUUGAAUGAAAAGUUGCAGGCAUGGAGAAUUGAUCCGCUCGAGUCAAGGUCAAAUUUCUGGACUUAUAAUUCUCAAGCUUCCAGAACAGAGAAUUAUAAUUCUCAAUCUGACAGAAAUAUACGGCGUGCUAAUUCCGCCGCUGCCAAGUCUAAAUCUAAACCAAAUCGGUCCUCAAGCGCGUCUCAAAAGCCGCCCCCGCCUCCUUCAGGCAGUAAAACGUCUCUGAAAUGGCAGCAAGUUUUAACGCUUGGAUUACUCAAGGCUCCUGCGAUUAAGUUGGAAGAAAUGCAUGUCAGGCAAUGGAAACCUUAUAAAAAUGGUACGGAGAAUCCGACUCUGAAGCGAUCUGUUUCCUGUAACUACCAAGAAAGCCUAAAGCUUGGAAAGACGGAGAGCAAAGAUCUGCCUUUCAGACAGAAAUCGAAGUCCGUCAAAGAAAAUAGGAUGGUUGAAGGAAAGGAGAGAUCCAAAGGCUGGAGAAUGUUCGCACCAUUGACGUCAUUAAACGGAUUCUCAGAAAUAUGUUUGAUCGGGAACAGCUCUCCGUCAAAAUUAAAUUGGAUCUAUAUCAAGAAAUAAUUCAUCAGUGAAAGGUUUCCAUUAAAAUAGCAUAUUUUCAAAGUGCAGACUGAAAAUUUGAUCUACCUGUAUCUUCUAUCUUGCUCAUAAUUUGUAAGCGUCGUUACAUUCCAUUUGUACACCCUGUCAUAUAUGUUGUGUAAAUAUAAUUAUCUGCUUUAGUAAACCAUAUAUUAUUGGAGAAGUCCUGCAAAUUUGAAUA